AUGUCUGAGGUGGAGAAGUUUAAUUAUUUGCGAAGUUAUCUGCAGGGUGAAGAUGCAUCUGCGGUCGCAGGCUUACAAUUGACAUCUGCCAAUUAUACAAUUGCACUGGAUUUAUUAAAGGGGCGUUUCGCACAAAAACAAACCAUUAUUAAUGCUCAUAUGGACGCUUUACUCAAGUUAGAAGGCACAACUUGUAACACAGAUGUAAACAAAAUAAGAAGGGUCUAUGAUAGCAUAGAAGUUCAUGUAAGAGGUCUCAAAACACUCGGGGUUGAAUCUGAGCAGUACGGCACAUUACUUGUCCCUAUCAUUUUGUCAAAGGUUCCGGAAGACCUUCGACUUAUUCUAAGUCGUCAAAUUAGUACAGAAAAUUGGAAGCUAGAUGAGACUUUGAAACAUUUACGAACAGAAUUAGAAGCGAGAGAAAGGUGUGCUAGUUCUACUAUCAAGGAAACUUCCAAACAGAGUUCGAAGGAUGGAUCUAGCCCUAAGGGGGAUGGGGAACGUUCAAAGGGUAGUUAUUUAUCAGCAGCUGCUCCACAAGCUCAAGGAAUUAAGGUAUCGUGUACAUAUUGUCGAAAGGCUCACGCCUCAUUUAAGUGUGACGUCAUAACAAAUGUUCAAGCAAGAAAGGAGCUGUUGAAAAAGGAAGGACGGUGUUAUGUCUGCUUGCGAAAGUCACACUUAGCAAAGGAUUGCAAUGGCAAGUCUUGUUUUAAGUGCAAUAAACGUCAUCAUCCCAGUAUCUCUGAGCAAGCCCCACAAACCCCACCCCUACAACAAGAGCAAAAUAAGGGUGGUGGCAAGCCACCUGUGGACGGUGCUAAAGAAACAACAGCUACCUAUGUGUUCACUGAAGCGAAGACAUCUGUGUUAUUACAAACGGCUAUAGCAACUGUUAUCAAUAGUGAAGACCCAGAGAAAUCCAUUCAAGCAAGAAUAAUUUUCGACAGCGGUAGUCAGAGGUCAUAUGUUACCCAUCGCAUCAAAGAAUCAUUAAAUCUACCAACAAUUAAGAAAGAAACUCUCAUGAUAAAAACGUUUGGUUCGAGUGUUGGUCAGCUUCAAACGCAAGAUCUUGUACAACUCACGGUGAAAGGAGAAGACUCCAAUCAAAUUGUUCAGCUUAAUGCAUUUACUAUACCGACAAUUUGCUCACCAUUAAAGAACCAAGCUAUUGAAAUUGCUUGUCAUAAUUAUUCCCAUCUUCAAGGACUCAAGCUUGCAGACAUUGGUCCGGAAAGUAACAUUGGUUCUGAAGUAGACAUUCUAAUUGGCAGUGACUAUUAUUGGCAUUUCUUGAACGGAGACAUAAGACGGGGGGAGCUUGGCCCUGUUGCUGUAAACUCCAUGUUUGGGUGGGUUCUUUCGGGCCCAGUUGACGAUGAGGUUGAAUCAACUCAAGUGAAUUUAACCAGCACACAUGUUCUUCGAGUAAGCAAUGAAACAGCUACCAUCCAUCCUGGAGACAAACGUCUGGAGAAGCAACUAU